GGGCGGUGACGGCGCCGUUGAUCCCCCCGUGAUCCACAUAAGCGGCGCCGAUCCGCACUGUGACCCACAGCUGACCCCGGGACCGCGCCGCUGCCCCACUGAUGGCGGAGGCCCCGAAGCAGCGCACGGUUCUGAUCACCGGGACCUCAUCCGGCAUCGGGUUGGCCACGGCUGCACGGCUGGCACGGGACCCCCAGAGCCGCUACAUGGUGAUCGCCACCAUGCGGGACCCGCGGCGCAGCGCAGCGUUGGAGGCGGCCGUCGGGUCGGCGUUGGGCCGAACGCUGCGGGUGGAGCGGUUGGACGUAAACUGCGAGAAAUCCGUGCGGGAAUGCAUGGAAGUGUACGGAGAGAGCGUGGAUGUGCUGGUGAACAACGCCGGGGUGGGCGCCGUGGGGCCGCUGGAGGGCACAGCGAUGGCGGAGCUGCAGCGCGUGGUGGACACCAACGUGAUGGGGGUGGUGCGGGCGGUGCGCGCGGUGCUGCCGCACAUGAAGCGGCGCCGCGGGGGACACAUCGUCGUCAUCAGCAGCGUGAUGGGCCGGCAUGGGCUGCUGUUCAAUGAGGUUUACUCCGCCUCCAAGUUUGCCGUGGAAGGGUUCUGUGAGAGCCUCGCAAUGCAGCUGCUGCACUUCAACGUGGCGGUGACGUUGGUGGAGCCCGGCCCGGUUCACACCGCUUUGGAGCGGCAGCUUUUGGAGGCGGCGGAGGAGGCGGAAUUUCCGGGGGCGGACGAGGAAACGCUGCGCUACUUCCGGUGUUCGUAUCUGCCCGCCGCCAGGAGCGUCUUCAGCGCUAUGGGGCAGAGCCCGGAGGAGGUGGCGGAGGCGGUGGUCGCCGUCAUUUCCUCCCCGCGGCCGCCGCUCCGCGUUCAGACGAACCCCCGCUACGCCCCUCUGCUGGCGCUGCACUCCGCCGACCGCCAGGGGGCGCUGUCCAUUCGCGCCAUGCACGGCCUCCUACGCCGCCGCGCCGCUCCGCUCCGGGCCGUUAUGGCGGCGCUGCGCUGCGUUACGUGCGGCUGCUGCCGGCAGAGCGUCGCCCCCGUUUUAGAGCGCCCCCUGGCGGCCGGGAGGUCACUGCCGGCUGGAUUGGGGCGGUCACGUGGUUUGUCCUCUAUUGGGUUUGAAUGGGGGGGGGGGCGGUCACGUGGUGGUGUCCUUCAACCCCCCCCCCCCCCCCCCCCCCCCCCCCCCCCCCCCCUGUAG